UGAAUUUAACACUAGUAAAACUAUUUAAUUUACAUAUCACAUUCUCAAUUUACUUACACACAAGAACAGUCAACACACCACCAACCUACUACACCAUCAUUCAAAACCAGAAGUGAUAUUCUCAUUGACCAUCACUUUCUUUCUUUCACUUUAAUCUUAAACCUUACCAUCUUCCAUCAAAUCUGUCAUUUUAUCAAAUCAUACAAUCUCACUUGAUCAACUUUCAAUCUACUUCCAAUCAUGAAGGUCAAUAAACGGAUUGGAAAACUUAAACAGUGGACUGGUGAAAAAUUAGGUGGUCAACAAAAGACAGAAUUAAGUGAAGACUUUCAAUCCUUAGAACAAGAUGUCGAAUUACGUAAAGCAGGUGUAGAUCGGAUAUACAGUGUUUCGAAGGAGUAUUCAAAACAUCUGACUAAGAAAAUCGAAGCGGAAGGUACAGAAACUGGUAAAGUUUUACCGGCUGAUGCCUUAGGUUUAGUCUUUGCCAAUCAUGGUGAUGAAUUUGGAAAUGAUAGUGCAUUUGGUCAAGCAUUGGUCGCGUUUGGAAAAGCUCAACAACAAUUAGCCAAUGUCACAGCAAAUUAUACAGAUCAAUUAAAUUCAGGAUGGUUAAGUUCAUUAGAAAAAUCGAUUGCACAAAUGUCAGAAUAUACAACCCAAAGGAAAAAAUUAGAUUCACGUAGAUUAACCUAUGAUGCGAUGUUAGCUAAAGUACAGAAAUCGAAAAAGGAAAAACGAGAUUUAGAAGAUGAUUUGAGAGUAGCCAAGAAUCGAUAUGAAGAAACGAGUGAAGAAGUUCAAGAGAGAGCUAUUGGAAUUCAAGAUGCUGAGAGUGAACAACUUACGGCUUUAUCAAAGUUUUUGGAAAUCGAAUCGGCUUGGAUUGAUGAACAGAAAAAGAUUAUGGAUGAUCUUAGACGUCAUUGGGUAGAUCAAAAUGCUCUUAAAUGUGCUGGUCGUAAAAAGGUCACUGCUCAUACCUUUGGAGCCGAACCAGCACCAGCCGCGAAACCUUCGAUCAAUAGCAAAACGGCACGACCAGCUGUUCGUAACAAUGCAAAAAAUCAAGGACUAUCAAGUGACCAAGAAGAAGAAGAAGAUCAAUUACCAGCAUCAGACGAACAAGAAGAACCUGAAGAUGAAGAGGAUUAUGAACCUCAACGUCGAAAAUCAAAAGCGUCUGUCAAACCAACCCGUCCAAAUCCUGUGACCCGUGAUUCUUCGAUCAGGGAAAAAGUCGUUUCUCCACCUCGGUACGGCGGGGUCAGGAUUCCAGGCAUGCCACCAGCCUCUAAUUCUGAAGAAUCUCUCUCACCUAAACAUGACCCACCUGCGAAACGACGUUCUUCGAAUGUACUCAAACAGCAACAAGUCCCUUCCUCUAGUCCUGGUAUGAGAAGAUCUUCGACAGCUCCUUCAAAACCAGCUACAAAGGUCUUGAAAGCCAAAUGGGCUUAUUCAGCAACAGCGGGAGAUGAACUAGAAUUAGAAGUAGGAGAUCGAGUGAAAGUCACAUCUGAAGUCAAUGCUGAAUG